GAGAAUACAGGAUAACUAAAAGGCUUGAGCUGGUGUGCGUAUAACCCAUGUGGUUAGAAGGAGCACUUGCUUUGGAUCAAGUGCAUCUCGCUUGGAAAACUAAAACCUAAGACAGCAAGUGUGAGCGUGCACUCCGCAGACCGGAGCUCGAUGCCUGCAGCCCCGGACGGGUGAUCUUGCAGGACGUCCCAUCCCACUGACAGUACCUUGGAAUUCCUACUAGCAGUCCUCCCACAUUCCCGAGUGUGUUAAUCUGUCUGCAUUACAGCCAGCUCCCACGGAGACUUGCAGGACAUUCAACCAAGCAGCACGACUGCAGCGUUCCAGCGUGGUGGAUAGCUGUUCAAAUCCGGUGCGGACAAGAAGUUUCCUAGGAUCUUAAAACGCCCUUUUCUUGAAAGACUACAUCAAGAGCAUCUGUUUUGACUAAACUACAGCAAGUGAAAAGAGCGAUGUUCAGAAAGCAGAAGACGAUUUAUUUAAGGUCCAUGUGGAAAAAAGCUGAACAGGGACACUACUCCAGUUGGGACAGUUGCGUUGUGCUCACCAAAAUGAAUUUGUACAGACCAUUCGGAGAUAAGUCGUCUUAUUUGAAGGAGUAUAAUUCCUCGCCAGAUCUUUUGGAUGGAAGUGUAAGCAAUGCUGUCCUGAAUUCGUGGAGUGCCAGUGCAGAGGAAGUAGGCACUGUUGAAUUUCAAGAGCAACAGCAGUUCUUCAAGAAACGAGAAAUGAUGAAAUCGGAUUCUGUGGAUUCUGGUGUAGAACUUACCAGUGGUGAAAACUCUCCUUCUACUCCCAUGGGUUCUGAACACAGUUUCUCCAUGGAAAGCAGUAGUACUGCACAAGCCAAGAGUGGUGGUGAAUUUCAGCAAAGACUAUCGCUCACACUGCAUGAUACCUCUAUUACACCACGGUGUUGUUCCAGUACAGACCUCCACAGCCUUUCAGAUGAUGCAUCCCCAUCAAGAAAACCCAGACACAGAAGCAUGUCUGUGAAUCAAAGAGUCGAACAAAUGCUUCUAAGAACUAAGAGCUAUCACCAGCAUUCUAAAUCUUUCAGCCAUCUCCACUCACUCCACGAAUCGCAGGAUGAAGAUGAGAGUGAAUUCUCCCUUAGUUCUGAUGAAGCAGUCUCCUCCACUGUGCAGUCCACAUUUCCUGAUGGUCCUCAGAAUUUGGUAAACUUCAGUAGAAAGCUUGGUGACCGGAAGGAAAAAAUUCCACUAAAAAGAGAGAAUGCCAUCAGCCUUCUAGAUGUAUCUUUGGACUGCAUCACUUUGGAAAGUGAGGAAGAACCAUCAUCACAUGAACCACUGCACUUUGGCCCAGGCCAGGGCCUGCGAUACCUGGAACAAGUGUGCCAGAUGCUGGAAAAGAUUGCUCACCUUCGGCAAAGGAAUCUCCAGCUACAGAGACUUAACGAUACUGUGGACAGGCAGCUGAGGAGUAAAGAAAUUGAAGAGGAGUUGGUUCUAGAACGCUGUUCAUGUGGAGCUGCGGAACAGAUUCUCAAGCCAGAAAAAGAGUUCAAGCUUCAAAGUCACAUGGAUCUGACCAAUAAAGCACAGUAUCUGUCUUUGCCAAAUCAUUGUAGGACGAGGUCGGUGUCUGAUGCAGGUGUGUUUCUUGGGUCCAUGAAAGGGAGCUCUCCGAUACAUAACAAAGAAACAAAAUUAUCACCCAAGAGGAUGACCGUGCACUAUGUCAGUAUCCAGGAUCUCCAGGAUCAGCUUGAUGGAGAAGCACCCCCAAGUCGAGAAGGACAAGCCAGUGUUAAAAAGGCAAACCAGACACAAUGGAGAAAGGUGAAACAGAUUCUCAGCAGGCUAAGGCGAAAGACACCAAAUUCUUCAAAUGCACAGAACAGUUUGGAGGCUUUCGAGGGAAAUGACAUAAAUAAAAGUCUACCAUCUGGUUUUAAUACAAAACAGAAGUCUACAGAUAUGUCAGUACAGUGACAUGCAAAACGCAAGGAGGCCUCGAAUGUUGCCAGUUUUGAAGAGUGGUUUAAUGUUCUAAAUCUGUAGGCAUCUGAACUGCUCAAGGAAUGGACUUUUCAGGAUUGCUUAUGGACUUGGUAUGCUCUAACAUUACAUGUUAUGGUUAUGCAUCAACAUCUUCCAGACUGCUUUUCUGAGCCGAUAUAAGCAAGUGCCACCCGCCACGUUGAACUACUUAGGUGGUGGUGUGAAUAACAACAAAGUCUGAAGUUGUAAUCCUGAACUUGUAAGGCAGAUAUUAGAAAACUGCCACUCUGCAGCAAACGCUUCUGAGAAAGCUGCUUUGGCAGCCUUCAUGUUCUAUACUGCCUGAUGUAUGUGCUGCUCUCUUGUGCUAUGCUGAUGUUUUAGUGAAUGACUGCAGGAAGAGAGCCAUAAAAUAAGUUGUGUUUGUGUUAAUUUAAUUUGCAGCUAAUUCAAGGUAGCUUGUUUGGCCUGCAACAGCUCAGGUUUCAGAACAGUCCUCUGUUUCUGCUUUUUUGUAACUGUGAAUGUUGAUUUAUGAGGGCUGUAUUUCGCACAACUUCUGUAUGGCUGUGAAGAGAUAGGAGCCUACUUAUCCUUACCCCGUAACUUACUUUUUUUUUUUUGGUAAGCUAGCGCUUUAUUUACCUAGUGUAGGCAAGAACGACUAUCUACAUUCUGUUCUUUUGGACUUUGUACAGAACUUUGUUUCUUCAUAAAUGCGCACAUGAUUUUUUAGCAAGCAUAAGUACAUCUGUGGUAAUGCAUUUUCCGCCUUUCAUUCCAGCUUACAUUCACAAGUCAGGCACAAGUGUUUUGCAUUAUCCAGUGCACUUUUUUGUACCAGCCGCAGAAUCACCGCAUCCAUCAUAAUGGAACCUAUAAUGUCAUGGUAGUAGAGUAUUCUCUCACCCCCCUCCCAUUGUGUACAAAAGAUGAUUUUUCAGUAGUUGAUGACAGGCUUUGAAUACUGCCAUGUACUCAGUUACCUUCCAGAAGUAAACCAGUCUAUAUAAAGAUAGGCCAAAUUGCCAAAUACCAGACUUCUAAAAAUGGAAUGGUAAAACACAUCAGUGGACCAAAAUGUAGAAAUAUUACUGCACAACUGAAAGGCUUAACUAGUAGCAGAAUAUUAGAAUGGGGUGCUACAAUGGUCUGCUUCUGGCUGCAGUCUGCGGAUAUAAAUCUGACUUCUGCUGUCAUUUCUGUUAAUGCAUGGCUUCUUGAUAACCAGAUUUGCCCAGCAGUGCAAGUUUAUUAAUGUCACCUGUAAAUAGGCUGCUUCAUAUGACUUUUGGUCAGAAGAAAAACCGCUUGCAGAUAACUCUGACCUGAAGAAAAGCCUAACCCCAUGUUUAAGACAGAAUUUGGCAUCGGGUUUCCUCUCUUUACAUUUCAGGGAGGGGUGCUAUGAUUAUUUUAUAUUUCAUUUUAUUAAAUGGGUACUUCAGAGAGUCUGUUCACAGUUCUGUUAGUCAUGCUGUAAUAGAUUUAUUUUGUAACCAACAUUUCUGCAUGGUGUUUUUUUUUUGUUUUGUUUUUUUUUUUUUUAACGAAUCCACCCCCCAAAGUCAUUUCAUCCCCAUGCUGAAGGGAAGAUGAACACUUGACACCAGGUGGGAUGUGCAGCUGUUGUAAUGGUGCAUUGACGGUUGCGGAUUUAUCUAGGUUUGGCUGUUUCUUUGGAUGUCCGAGCCGAUCCUUGCAAAGCAGCACUUUUAAGAAGCCUUUCAGAUUUACCAGCUGGACAUCGCACUUUGCAGUGGCGUAGACUUGCAUUGUACAGCAGUAUGUCUGCAGAAGGAACUAGAGUGCUUGACAAAAAACACAUUUUACCAGUUCAUGAACAAGUUCCAAUGUAGCUUAGCCUCUGUCUCUUAUACUGUUUAAGCAGGAAGAUGAUGGUAACUGGUUGAACAUUACACAAUCCUUAUGCAUUCUGAGGGGAGCAAACUGAGGAACAAGGCCUAUAGCUGCCUACAUGAAGGCCAGUCUCUGUACCCACAUAAGAACUACGCAUGAUGCAUAGCUUUGGAGUACCUUAUUACACCUGUAAAAUGGGCAAAAGCAAAUGGAGGAAUUAAUUUCCACCCAUGCACUAACGUUGAAGUAAUGCGCACAUAGUGGCAGGGAUGUUGAAACUGAUUGCCUGUUUCAUACGGAGUUUACUGUAUGAAUUUAUUAAGUCAGUAUUUGAUAUGAAUUUUUGCAUGUUCAUGUGUUGAGAAAAAAAGUUACAUUAUUAUGUCAAUGACCUAUUCAGGAGUAAAUUUUUAAUUAAGAAUUCUAGCUUUCAUCCAGUUAUUCUCCCCAGUUUACAUAUGAGUCUGUGACCUUGAAAAGCAGUUUCUAAUUAACUACAGUGCUGUAGCUUGACAAUGGACAAGUGGUGAACAAAUGUUCAACUAUUUAGACAACUCCAUAGUAUUGUGCAAAAACUCCCAAAGGAACAGCAUACAGCGUUUGUAUUUUGAAGCAAAAUAUUUAUGGAUGAAGCAGGUUGAAAUAUUACUAGACUCUAUAGUGCUCCCAAGAACUUUUCUUUGACCGUUAACUUGGUUCAGCACGAUUAACAGUCCGUUCUUGCACUAGCAAGAAAAUUUAGAAUUUUUAGUGCAAAUAAAAUGUGACGAGGGAUACAUUUCUUUUUAUCUCUGAUUAUUCAGAAUCUUUUUUUCAGUAUUUAUGUAUUUUUAUAUGAAAACUUUAUAUAUGUAUAUUACGUAUUUAGUAAAUAUCUGUAUGCAUUAUGUAUAUAUAAAUAUAUAGUAUAUUUUAUGUUUGAAAAAGUAAUUUAUAGAAUUUUUCAAGUUUUUAUUUGAGGAGUGCAUGUUCUGCGGUACAACCUUCCAAACAAGAUUUUCCUCUGCUUCACAGAACAGCAGAACUAUUGAAAUGCUCAGAUUACUGCAGUUUCUCCUGUUUGUUGUGAUAAUAAAAUAAGACGACUUUUUAAAGAU